CGCGCACGAGCCUGGGCUAUCGGGAGCGCGCGGCAAUCAUGCCUCAUCCGUCUCACGCCUCGCCACUGUCGGAAAAUACAAGAAGAAAAUCGCCUUUUACCUAAAAAUAUUUAGCCGCUAUUUGAGCUCUCGUGUGGUCGCGCGAUCGCCCGCCUUCUGGCGAAGAAGCUGAAUUUUUCUGAAAUCCUAAAGUCGUGCGUAAUUUCCUCUUUUUUUAUUUCUCCCGUCACUGAGACAAAGAGGGCAACAAGAUACAGGAGGAGUACAGCUGUGGUGAUGAUGUGCUGUUUCAGGGCUCAUCCUUCAUUUCGCAGGUCAUUCCUUUAACUUGACGCUGUCGACACUCCUGACGCGGCUCAGUUUGGGGAUGUAAACGCCGGGAAGCCACUUUAACGGACCUGAACUGAUGUGACUCAACGAGUGUUCGCAUCCACCGGAACAAUGAGCCCGUUAGGAGCCUGAAACGUCUUGAGAAAGCCUCAGGCUUGUAAGGGAACUGGCCCGGCUCUUUCAUCCUCCCCCUCUCACAUCCCACUGUGUCGCACCACUACCAUGUCCUUUCCCCGCUGUGGCCAUCCCAUGGAGAGUGCACGCCCACCCAGAUAGGAUGCCUGCCCUGCCCGACGUCCUGCAUCCCCUCCUGCCCGUCACCACCUCCUCCUUCUCCUCGCGUGUACCUGCUCUUGCCAACAGUUGCUUGCGGCCCCCCAGGCUCCGCCUUGCCCCGCUCCAACAUGGUGGAUAAGGUAACCACCAUGAAGGAUGACGUCAUCAACGCCAACACGCUGGCUUGGCUGGUCUGCUCGGGCGUGUCCAUCCUGGCCAACACUUGGAGCAUCCUUAGUGUCAGUGCCAAGCAGAAAAAGUGGAAGCCGUUGGAGUUCCUCAUCUGCACGCUGGCGGGCACGCACAUCCUCAACAUGGCCAUCCCCAUCACCAUGUACUGUGUCAUAACGCUGCGCCGUCAGCACUCCAACUACGAGUGGAACGAGGGUCUGUGCAAGGUGUUUGUCUCCACCUUCUACACUCUCACACUGGUCACCUGCUUCUCCGUCACCUCGCUUUCUUAUCAUCGCAUGUGGAUGGUACGCUGGCCUGUGAACUACAGGUUGAGUAACACCAAGAAGCAGGCAGUGCACACAGUGAUGGGCAUCUGGAUGGUCUCCUUCAUCCUGUCCACACUUCCAGCAGUGGGCUGGCACGACACCAUCGACCGCUUCUACACCUCUGACUGCCGAUUCAUUGUGACGGAGAUCGGUCUGGGCUUCGGCGUGUGCUUUCUGCUGCUGAUCGGAGGCAGCGUGGCCAUGGGUGUGAUCUGCAUUGGCAUCGCUCUCUUCCAGACCUUUUCCAUUCAGGCGGGCCACAAUGCUGACAAGAACAAGUUCAACGUCCCCACCAUAGUGGUGGAGGACGCCCAGGGGAAGCGCAGAUCAUCCAUCGAUGGAUCAGAGCCUCUCAAGACGUCACUACAGAUCACCUACCUGAUCAGUGGAAUCGUCUUUAUCUACGACUUCCUGACUGGCUUCCCCAUACUGGUGGUGAGCUUUGCCAGUCUGAAGUUUGACCGCUCCUACAACUGGAUGGUGCUGUGUGUGCUGUGGUGCUCCAUUGCCCAAUCCAUCCUGCUGCCUAUGUUCCUCUGGGCUUGUGACCGCUAUCGGGCUGACAUACGCAUGGUGUGGGAGAAGUGCGUCGCCAUCAUGUCCAAUGAUGACGUGGACGAGGAAAACAGCCAAGAUGGAGGAAUUCAUGCCGACUUAAUAUAUGACAGACCAUAUGACUAUAGCUCGGCGCCUGAAAUCGUGACGGUAGACCGUAAUGCCAAGUAUGAGUUCUCAACCUUAGAAAGGGGGGUUCCGCAAGGGUAUCCAUUGAGGGAACAACAGGAAGAUAAAAUGCAGUAUUUGCAGGUGCCCCCUACAAGAAGAUACUCCCACGACGAAACCGACAUGUGGACCAGCGACCGGAUCCCCUCAUACCUUCACCGAUGGGGCUCCACCGAGGACAUGAUAAUGACUGCCCACUACAGCUCCACCUUGCCGCGCCGCGAGAGGCGCAGGAGCAGCCUGGUCUCCUACCACGAGGAGAGCCACCAUCAUCAUCACCCGCAUCGCAAGCGGCGACGCUCUGAGGAUAGUAUGCACUCCCUCAAGCACCUGCCACGCGUGGUUUGUGGCGGGGAGCGCUACGAGGACGAACUGCGGUGUUUUAGCCGCGAUGAGGUGAUUAACUUUAUAGAUGAGACGCCGCUGCCGAGCCCCAGGAAGAGCCCACGGCGCACAUCCACCAUCUCACUUAUCCCCAAUGUGUAUGAACAGCACACUGUCAUCCUUCCUCACUUCCCGCUCACAGACUUUGAGCGCGAGCCUCAAGCGCUGAGGCGGCUCUCUGAACACAAAAGGAGCAGUAGUAGGGGCAACACGCCUGAGGCGUCCCCCAAAUCAGACAGAAAUACUGGAAAGAAGAGCCCCGGGGCGUGUGGCUCUGGUAAAGGCUGCCGAGAGCGCGUCCGAGACGGGAAACAGCAGUGUGACGUGGGCUCACCUGGGCACAGCCAGCAGACUCCAGGACACUCAGCCUGUAGGACCAGGACAGGCAGUGGUUCCAGGGCUGGUGCUGGAGCUGACUGGGCGCGUCAGAAGCACCUGAGCAAGGGUGAGAGUAAAGGAAGCACAAACAGUUUUGUAAGUACACCCUCGGCAUCAUCCUCGGGAUACAUCACGUUUCACUCGGAUUCUGUGGGCUCCACCACCUAAAAGCAACGUUUUCUCUUGUUAAUAUCAACAUUAUUACUGAAGUUAUUAUCAGAACCACUGGAAUACUGGUGGAUAUGGGAAAGUGACAUACUGGAUGAUUCGGCCUUUUUACUUGUGCCACUAUUCUGUUUUACUAUAUAUAGGCUACCACCAUUAAAUAUCUGAAUGCUAAAUGGCUUUGGGGGCUUUGGACAUUAUUUCUGAAUGGGCCUAAUGCAAUUUCAUAUGUAGGCUGGUGAAAAGGUUGAGUGGUCCUGUUAUUCAGCUUUCACAUCACAAAAUAUCCACUGAGGACUUUUUUUUCCAGCACUGACACAAAUAAACAGUUUUUUUUUUUUAAUGGCGUGAACAUUCCCACACCUUGUUUUUGCUGUUUGAUGUUGUUUCUUAUGAACUGCUCAAAGAAUUGGAGGAGGUAGCUGUUAGGGUGGUGUUUUUCUUUCUUUAUUUCUUUUUUUGCACUUACGAACUUGAACUCGUAUUUUAUUUUGCCUGUAACGGCUGUGUGUUUUGUUGUAUGGACACAUUUGCUUUCAAACCAAACUCUCCUGAAAACUGCCCAUGUACCUUGAGAUAGACUUAAGGACAUGACAUAUUAUACAUGUUUAUUUUUUAAUUCUGAUCAUGAUGUACGACUUUUCUAUUGACAUUAUUAUUAUUCGCAACAGAUGAACAGUUUUUUUCAAGCACCCUAUGUUGGAGUAAACUGAGAGUGGUAAUCCCAAAUUCUUUAAUGCUUAAUAGUUCUACAGUUACUGUGUGAGAUAUUGAGAUAUAAUGUGAAGACCCCUAAAUUCUUACUGAAAAUGUGAAGUCAGUUUUUAAAGAAGAUUGAUAUGCCAUGUAUAUAUGAAGGAUGUUGGAUUAAUGGUUUCGAUGUUCUUUUUUGUUUAAUGAGACGUUUGCUUCGGACAUUCCUCCCAGUUCUUAUUAUUCCAAUGUUUGUGUUAACUUUGGAGACCAUCAGGCACAACAGCUGCUCACCACUUUGCAUAUUUACAUAGACAUCAGAUCGCUACAGCUUGAAAUGGUGCUUUGUCCCCAUCAACUGUGCAUAUCAGCCUGACCUCAUCUGUUAUUUGUUUCAGUAACAUUUUAAAAAGCACCAAUAAGGUUUUUUUUAAGUCAGUAGCUCGCUAAAAGGGAACCUGUAAAAAAGCCUUCAAGCUGACUAGAUGUAGCAUAACUUAAAUGCCGGUGUCAUACCUAAACCUACAAAGAUGUGGACACAAGUGAGGAACAUUGUCAGUAUGAUGGAAAUAGAGUAUAAUUGCAAAUUACUGAUUUAUAGUGAAUUAUCAUAUUCAACAAAAAGCAGACAUUACAUUUGAUAUGUUACCUCAUAACAUGCACAAAGUUUGCCAGUGGUUCUGGGAGGAUAUCUGAGUUUGAAGUCACUUUUUUUAAACGCCUGAUUUAUCAAGCCCCAUGAAGUAAUGUACAUUAAAUAUAAGCAUUCCCAAAGUCUCAGUAAGGGGUGCUGUGGGGAAAUUAAAGUUUUGAUUAUUAAUUUUUAUAAAUAUAUAUUUGGAGAGACAAUAUAAUUAUUUCACCACAUAGCAAAGUAAAAGUAUAAUAUUACAUUAUCAGUCAAACGUCCUCUUAUACCCCAUAAUUUUGGGAAAUUCUCACUCAUGAUGGACACUGGAGUCAACUUUACAAUGCAGCUGAUUUUACCAAAUGUGACAAUUUGCUGUUUAAACAGAGUGAGACCUGACAUAUAACCAACUUUGAGCUGUGACCUCUCAUGGCCCGUAACUGCCAACAUGAAUGUAUCUGGACAUAAGGUUUGGGUUUUUAAAGACAUUAACAGUAUAUGGCUAACAUAAAAUAAAACUUUCCCCAGUGACAGCCGUAUUAGCUGUGAAACGUUUUUUGCUGUCACCUUCCAAGUAAUAAAGUUGCACGUGUUUGUAUGUUUUCACCCAUCUGCGGUAAUUUAAAUGUUAAGUUUGAAUUCUCAUGUAUUAGUGUACCUCUCACUCAUGGCAGCCUAUUCAAUCGGACUGAAUUAUUGUUUUGUUUUCUUUGGAAGCAUAACAUCACAUUCCCCUGUCAAACCUUGCUAUGUCAUAGAUUUUUGCAUUCAUUUUGUUGUGUUUACAAUAUCAAAAUAUAAUUUUGUAACAUAUUCAAAGAUUUAGUACUCAAAUAUGAAUGAUGUUAAAUGUUAUGAUUUUCUUGUUCAGAUGACUUUGUUAAAAAGAUAUGACUGAUUAAAUUCACAAGAUGA